AUGCACCAACCGCACCAGCGCGGCCUUCCCGGCGGCUUCGAUGACAGGGUGGAGCCAGAGAGACUCGAGCCGCCACCUCCGAUCCCGCUCCUCCCGCGCACGCUCGCCUCGGAGGCCCUGGCGUGUCAUUCGGUGCAACUCGGGCCCUGGCUGUACACCGCGCAGAACGCCGGCGACGUCGGCUGCACCGCCGCACGCAACGGCUCAACCAGCCUGUGCGUCGAGGUCCGCGAACGCGGCCAGCUGUGGCUCCUCAAGGUCCCAACCGACCACAUCCUGCUGGCGCAGGCCAGCGACCAACAGAGCCUCACCGCCCUCGAGCUGACGCUGUGCUCUCCGGUGCUGGAGCUGAAGCGCAUGGGCGGCCACGGGAGCGCUGGCGCGGCCAUGCCGGCGGGCCGGAAGGCCGUGAGCACCAUCAGCCACAAGCGCCUGCGCCUCCUUACGCACUCGACGCACGCGGACGUCGCCGCGUGGUGCGCGCGCGUCCUGCCGCACGUCGUAUACCAGCGCCAAGCCGCCGGCCCGGAGGCCAGUUCCGCCGCCGACUGCGACCAGCUGCCCACCCUGCAGCAAAGCAUUGCUACGGUGCUUGGAUCGGGCGCCGGGUACCAUGGGGACUGGUCUGCGAGCAGCCCGCUGCCGUCGUGGGCGGGCACGCGCACGCGCAGCGCGGCCGGGCGCGCGCGGCAGAGCGGGGCGGACUGCGCGGGUAGCGCGGGGCUCCUCCUGCUGGCAUCGACCAUCGGCGACAGCGGCACCGUGGCCGACGGCGGCCGCGGUGUGGACCGGGCGCCGGCGCAGCCGUCGCGGAAGCGCAGGGCCGCGGCGAUGGACCACGGCGUCGCAGUGCGCACCGCCGCGCAGAAGCUCCAGGAGGGCGGCCCGCAUGCGUCGCCGCGGCGCUCCGGCGGGCGCACGACGGGCGGCCCGGGGUCCGACCGCUCCACGGUGGACGUCGGAGACGCGCACGACUCGUCGCAGGUCCCUGCGUACCUGCAGCAGGCCCUGCCGGGCCUCGCGCCGUUCCACGCCCUGUCGCCGUCGCCGGCACCGUCGCAGCUCCUCGUGGACUUCGUACGCGGGUUCUGCGACAGCGGCGCGGGCUCCCUCGCGGGGCUGCAGGCCGCGGGCCUCAUGGCGCUGCUCGCGCCGAUGGCCGUCAUGUCCCCCAUCGUGGAGGCAGCUCUGCGCAACGCAUCCCAGCAGGACGACACAAACACGGGCGCGCCCGACCACGAAAACCGGCCCGAGGGCGUCUGA